GAGGAAGCUGAAAAUUUCAGCAUUUAUAGUUCCUACUACAACGAUAUUAUUCAUAAAAAACAAUUUCGAAAGAUCAAUUAGUAUUACAGUUUUCUGAGGCUAACAAAAAUUGCACUCCUAGAAACUUCAGGUCUCCAUCGAUCUCCGUCCUGGUACAUGGACCCUUCAUGAAACUUUCAGGAUAGAUUGGCUACAUUGUCACUAGUAAAUAUCCAAAGUUUCAGCUCGUUUCACCGUGUCAGUUCCGAGAUAUCUCAAAUUUAAGGGCAAAAAACAGCACUUUUUCAGUGCAGAAUUUCUCCCACACCUUACAUGCAAAAUGACCCGGGUCGGUUUUAAAUUGUAGAAGACACCUGGAUUGAGCGCACUACGGUGUCCCUUCUUUUAUUUUCCCAUUAGUUGUUUAGUAAACGAAAAUAUACGGCAACAUGGGUAAGAGGGUGUGGGUGUGGGUGUGAGUGUGGGUAUGGGUGUGGGUGUGGGUGUGAGUGUGGGUAUGGGUGUGGGUGUGGGGGGUUGGUGUGGGUGUGUGGGGGGGGGGGGGGGGGGGGGGGGGGGGGGAUGGGGGGGGGGGGGUAUAAAAACAAAAGGCUCACGCACACCCACCCACACUCACACCCACACCCACACCCACACCCACACCCACACCCACCCACACGCACACGCACACCCACACCCACACCCACACCCGCACCCACCCAAAGCUGGACCGACUCAUAUAUGUUUCAAAUAUUUUUAAGAAUUAUUUUUCAUCAAAAAAUUCAUCCGUCUCUCUCUUAGAGGACUGUCAAAAAAUGGUAUCUCUAAAAAUGAUGUUUUUAUAGUCUAGCUUUCUGCGGCUUUGCUUCCACUGUGAUUUUCGAAUCUUCCCAGGUCGAUGAUUCCGGACAACAGAUCCUGCAGGAACCGCCAGCAAAAUGCAAGAAAAUUCACCAUAGCCUGCAGGAAAACAUCGGAAUUCGUUGGAACAUGGUUGCAGUAUUCCGAUCUGAAACUUUUCGGAAUUUUUCCGAUGAUUUUCCAUCAACUUCCUUCCGUUUCCUGCAGGAAGUUCGUGGGAAGUCACCGGAAAAAAAUCCGAAAAUUUUCCGACCGGAGUACUGCCACCCUGUUCCAUCGAAUUUGGAUAUAUUCCGGCCGGAACCGGCCCGUAUUUUCCGACAUGGGUCGGACGCUUCAUUUCACAAGACAAAUACCAUUUUGAGAGACACCAUUUUCUGAUGGUUUUCUGCGGGAGAAUGAAUAGGGGUGAAUUUUUUGACGACAAAAAAAUUCUUAGAAAUAUUUGAAACAAUUAUGAAACGGUCCAGCUUUUAAUGCUGAUUCCAAAUAUGAUACUAGUUUUGACAUAGUCUGAAGUUUUUUCGAUGAGAAAUGGCUAAAUAUUAGUUGUAAAAGUACAAAAACUGGACUCACAGCACAAUGUGAUUAGGAAUUACCUCAGUGGUUAGUGUAUUUAGUGUUUUGGAAACAUACAGUUUGGUAGCUUUUGAAAACAACCAUGAAAUGAGCAAUACCAAUAGUUUGAAUAUUUAAAUUUUCUCUUUAAAAUAUUUGUAAGAAUAUAAAAGAAAAUGAUAAAUAUAGGACUUAUAUCAAUAGUGCUCGCCAGUAUCUUAGACCUACAUGUCACAGAAUUAACUAAUCAGUCGAUAAUUCAUAUAUGGGAUUGAACUGUCAUCAAAGGGUGGGAGUCAGGGUAAGAAAGUUUGCCUCUUCGUCCACACCCAGACCCACACCGCACACCCACACAUCCAUCCACCCACAUCAACCCUCCUGCGUCAAAAAAAAGAUCGUCCUGUUCCUGCAUAUGCAGGACUAAUGUACAAGAAAAUAGCUAACUUGCAGGGCAGAUCCCACGACGUUCUCUGAAAUAUAUAGUUUACAAGUUCAUAUUCUCUGAGUUAAUUAUGUUUUGAUGUUUAUUUUCUUUUGUUUCAUUAAAAGAUAUUCUGUGGAGAUAAAAAAUAAUGUUAUUGAUAAUCUGGUUGACAACAAUGUACAUUGAACAAAAAUCUUUCAGGAUUUUUUCGAAUUUCGAAAAUGAAAUUUUGGAAUUUUCCGACUUUUGACAUUUGAAUUUUGGAUUUUUUAUCCUCACAUCUGGUAACUCUGCUUCAGAACUAUCUUAUCCUAAGACUGAGUCCACCGUGAUAAGAUCGAUUAUUGAAUUAGUGACUAAAAAUUAGUUACUUCAUUAACAGCUUGUAGCUUCGAAAAUUCGAUAAAAAUCUCAUAAAACUAGUGUUAAAAUGUCAGUCUCAACAUGUUCUUUCCAUUGAUAUAUGAUUCAAUGGGGUUGAAUCAGCAAAGUACUAGUGAGCCGAUUUGACUUCUUAUACGCCUUCGUCCUUUGUGUGUAACAUUAGAAUUGUUUACAGAGACUUGUAUCAACUACACUUAUCGGGUUCUGCAACAAUUGGCGAAGAGCAAGAAUUCCAUUUUUAAACUAGGCCUAACACAGAUACGUUUCGAAGUCGAUUGUCUAUAGAAGCCGUUUGAAAGUGGUGUCAUCUAAAAACGACUAUUGUUAACUUCUAUCUUCAUGCUCAUCAUCUGGUGCCAUCAUUUGACCAAUACUUUUUCUCAUAUAAAGAAGUUUUGAGGUUACACGGACUGAGGUCACAAGGCUUUUUUAUUUGUUCAAUAGAUUUUUUCGUACAAACCGUUCAAAAGAAGUAUCAAAGACUAGAAGUUUCACGUAGAGAAGAAUCUAGAUCGAUCUUGUCACUCAGUUCCUUAUAUUUCGACGAUUUUCUGAUCUGUUACCGAUGAAAUACGCCGAAACAGAAUGGAAUCAACUAGUUCCCAAGGAGGAGAAUGAUCUGGAAAAAAAUCGAUUAAAUAAACUAAAUAUUUCGUCUCGUUGGAUUGCAACUUGAUUUAGCAAGAGCCAUCAUGAUUUGCUAUAAGUGAACAAUUGCCAUCCUCUGACUUGAAAUACUUCAGAAUAUACUUACUGGCAAUGAUAAAAUGAGUUGAAGGGGAAGAAGAGGAUUUUUCGUUAUCAGUGGUCAUCUAUCACUAAGAGAAAAAUUACUUCUACCAUAGCGCUGAAAUCUUUUUUACUUUAUCAGUUUUAUCGUUUUAAAAUAUCUUAUGGAAAAAAAUACACUACUAAUCAUCCCGAUUCUUCUUCCUUAUUGCUACCUCGCUCCACUUUCUGACUGACUCCUUCCUUCUCCUUUGGUGGUGACGUCAUUUCCACGUAGUUAAUCACUCUCAUGUAAUAAUUGUUAUAGAUUUCUGUCGCAGUAACAUUAAAAUUAUCAGUAUAAAAGUUACAAAACUGAUUUUAUUGGACAUGGCGUCGUCAGUGGAAGAAUUAAAUUUGAAGUCGUCACUUCACAAUGAAUUCAUAUGAGAAUGUCAAAGUAAUAUUGAUCUAUGGGAUGCAAUGCAAAUCGCCGAAUAGACACCUUAUUCUAAUGCUAUAUCGUCAGACAUUGAAGAAGCUUAUAAACGCGGUUUGAAACAGAUAUUUGUUGACGAAAAUUAUCGUAUUGAUUUGAAACACUAUGUACAAGAGCUCAUCAACAAUCCACACCAACAACGACCCGUUCGACGACGACGAUGUCGUCUUCCUUCAAAUAUUGUCAUCGAAGGUGAAACGGAAGAUGAAUCAUCACGUCGUGAACGAUUUUCAUCUCCUUUAGGAUUAGUUUUGAGCCGCAAUGCAACAGAAGAUACAACUUAUUAUGGUUCACCAUUUAUUCACGUUUGCGAAAUUCAAUUGAUGACUCUCUAUCGUGGCGAUCGUAAUUCUGACAACGCUGUAGAAGAAUAUCGACGAGCAGCUGGAGACUGUUCCAAACAGUUUAAAUGGCUUCCAUUCGUUUCCACUUCAUAUGACCGAGCUGUAGCUGAAAAAUUCGCAGUUGAUGUUUUGUAUGUAAUUGAAAUGCGAUCUUAUUCGUCGAACGAAGAUCAAUUUACAGAUCUGACAACCCUCAGUAAUUAUUCUGACGAAAAAGAAGUUUUAUUACUACCAGGAGUGCAAUUUCAAGUAAACAAAUUAGAAUUUGAUAAUGAAAAUGGACUACAUUUGGUCUAUAUUAAAAUUAAUUCAUCGUACGUAUCCAGCUUGAAAUGA